CUCUUUUUCAAAAUGGCUACAGUCGUUUCCCAAGUUAAUGUUAACCAAGAGAAGCCAGUCGAUAGAGAGAAGACGUGCCCGUUACUUCUGCGAGUUUUCUGCGCCAAUGGAAGGCAUAACCCUAUAUCCGACUACAUGAGGGGAGGAGUCCCAGCAAACGAGCUUCAAAUGUACACCUGGAUGGAUUGCACCCUCCGUGAACUGACUUCACUUAUCAAGGAAGUCAAUCCGGAUGCCCGACGACGUGGAACAAUUUUCGAUUUCUCAAUAGUUGCACCUGAUAAGAUGAACAAUCGCUACACCAUACGUGACAUUGGCAAUACUAUGAACGGUCAGAGAGGUGUUGACGAUGGUAAAUCGGUGAGUUCAGCUUGA